AUGAUUGUCGCCGUUGUGUUGAGUAUUGCAUUUCCUGUGUGCUUCGUUGCAUUGCUGAUUGGUUGCCUUGACUGCCUGUUUAAGAAACGAAGAUUAGAGGGUUUCCGAAGUCGAGAUGCUACAGAUGGCCGACACACUAAUGCAUUUUCUGUAGACAUCUGUGAUGUCCCUAGCACGUCCGAGCAGGUUACAAUUGAACCGCUGCCAGAUAUUUUAUCAAAAGUGUCAGUCGCACCAGCACUGCGACCUCAGAUAACAUUUGUCGACAGAGGGGAGCAUGCAUCCACGGCACCACUUAUCAGUGUCCAACGCUCUUUUCCCCGGGAUCAUUUGACAUAUUUAAAUGAAAUUGGUUCUGGAUGGUUUGGCAAGGCCAUCGAAUCAGAAGCCAUUCAGAUUGUGGGUGGAAGUCUUAAAAGCCAUGUUGUGGUUAAAAUGCUCAAGGAUGAUGCUUCUAAACUGGAGCAGAAACAGUUUCUGGAUGAAGUCCAUGCUUACAGGUGUCUAGAUCAUGCAAACUUGAUGAGCCUUUUGGGUCAGUGCACUGAAACAGCUCCGUUCCUUGUCAUCCUGGAGUUUGCUGCCUAUGGCAGUUUGAAAAGUUUUCUUGUUGAGCACAGCCAGGACCAGGAAACAUUGGUGGCCAAAAAUAGAUACAUCAGUUUUGCAUUGGAUGCUGCGGCUGGGCUGGCCUGUUUGCACAGACAUGACUACAUACAUAAUGACCUUGCUGCACGUAACUGCCUUGUCAUGUCCGACUACACUUUAAAGAUUGGAGACUAUGGCAUUUCUGAUAACCUUUUCAAGAAUGAGUACUACAACACAGGUACUGAGCUGCUGCCCGUUCGCUGGAUGGCCCCUGAGACACUGGUCAAGUCUAACGGUGUCUGGACCACCCAGCCACACAACAAGAUGUCUGACAUGUGGUCAUUUGGUAUUCUUCUGUGGGAGAUUUGUGCAGUGGGUGAGCGACCUUAUGACAUGUUGACCGAUGAAGCCGUGCUGCAAGGAGUCGUCCAGGACAAGCUAUUGCUGCCUUCAGACGUGGACAUGAAGUUACCUUUCAAAGACAGGCUGUGGUCAGUCAUGACCCAGUGCUGGCGGGAUGCCUCGCACAGGCUGGAUGUGGUGCAAGCUUAUGAUAGUCUAAAGCAGCUUAUCAGGGUGAGGGUGGACACUGUGGACGCCGUGUCCGACUUUGACCAGAAAUGGAACCAGUUAAAACAGAACCAAGAGAGAGCACCUGGCAAUGACACUGACCUAGGAAGUCGGAUUGCCCUGGCUGGAAGUUUUGCCACCGAUGAUUCAUCUUCUCCUCCAGACAAGCCUUCACUCCUAGACAGUGAUGGUGGAGCGUAUGAAAGUAUCCAAAGUGAUGACUUUAUUAUAGACGUAGGUGAUGCUGAUGAAAUGCAUGCUCCUGUGUAUCAAUCUCCAGCUACAGUUUUGGCCAACUCAGUUAAAGCUACUGAAAUUCCUGUCCAGGCUAUCAUUCACCGCAGGAUUUCAGAUUCAUCUGAGGACCAAAUUUUUGUUGAGAACGAAUUCACAAAUACAUCAGUGUUGCAAAGUCAAAUGGCACCCAUACAAUCAGUUGAUCAAACAGCAGGGACGUAUGAAAGGCAUAUUUCCCCCAUACUUCCGGAUGCAAAGAUGAAAGACAUUAACAUAGUAAAGAAUGAUUUAUCCUUGGAGGUUAAAGAACAUUUCUCAAAUGUACUUACCAGUGAAGCACAGGAAGAGGACAAUGCCAACGCCAGUUGCUCAAACUUUGAGUCACGUCUGCUGACUGAUGAUGAAGAUUUUAGCGACUUUGUGCGCACAUCACCUACAGCUCCCUCACUUGAUUUCACAGACUUUGCGUCUGCUGAUAUCUCUGCUCAUGAUGUACACGUUGAUAGAGACCAACAGUUUGAAAAUGAGGCAUCAUCAGAUGUGCCUGGCAGUGACAUAGAAACACGCAAACAUGCGGACAUGCCAGUUGGAGCUGCAGCUAAAAACAUCAGUCUUGAUCAUGACCUUGAUGCAUUUUCUGACUUUGUCACUUCAGACCCACCUCAUAAGUUUGGCACUAUGGAAAUACUUACUGAGAACUUGGACACCGCUCCUUUCCAAGACAAAAAUCCAGGGCUGACUGAGAAAAAAGACAAUCCCUCCUUACUGGGUGAUGACAAAGGCACCUCAGACAGUGACAGUGAUACAUUUUCCGAUUUUGUUUCUUCAGUGCCAACACAAGAAUCAGACCGCGCACAUGAUGCCAAGUUGACAUCAACCAGCAUGAGUAACUCUGGUAAUCAAGAUAUUGCAUCAGUAAGUGUACUAUCAAGCCAAGACCGCAGCUUGGACAUUUCUUUCCCAAAACCUGUCCCCGAGUCACAGACUCAAAUGGAGAAUCUGUCCACUGCACCACCUAAUACAGAUAUAGACCUCCAGAUGCAAGGAUCUUUGAAAGACUUUGGGUAUGACAGUGAGACCAGCUCUGCUGCUGUAGACUUUAAUGUCAAAAAGACAUCAGGGGAGAAAAUAACAGCAGAUCAUAAUCAAAAUAUCUUUUCUUCAGAGCUGUUUCCAUCAGAUCUGUCAAGUCUGUCGUCUGACAUGUCCCUGUUAAUUCAUGAUAGUCUAGCAACAUCCAUAGAACAUGUGCCUGUAUAUUCAAAACAGCCGGAACAUGAUGCAGAUAUCGGCCAGCUCUCUGAGACCAGUGUCCAGCUCCCUGAGACAGAUAUCCAGUUCCCCGAGACAAAUGUCCACCAGCUCCCUGAGACAAAUGUCCAGUUCCCUGAGACAGAUGUCCACCAGCUCUCUGAGACAGAUGUCCAGUUCCCUGAGACAGAUGUCCAGUUCCCUGAGACAGAUGUCCAGUUCCCUGAGACAGAUGUCCAGUUCCCUGAGACAGAUGUCCAGUUCCCUGAGACAGAUGUCCAGUUCCCUGAGACAGAUGUCCAGUUCCCUGAGACAGAUGUCCACCAGCUCCCUGAGACAAAUGUCCAGUUCCCAAAGACAGAUGUCCAGUUCCCUGAGAUAGAUGUCCAGUUCCCUGAGACAGAUGUCCACCAGCUCCCUGAGACAAAUGUCCAGUUCCCUGAGACAGAUGUCCACCAGUUCCCUGAGACAAAUGAAUCUGGCAAUCUUGAUGUGCAGCCAGGCAUGUCUUUUGAUUUGCUGGACAGCCAGCUAGGCCAGGGGUCAGGGAGCUCUUCCAUCAUGUCUGUAGUGGAGAUCCUAGGAAAAGAAACCAGUCCUGGAGCUACACAAGUGGAAGCACUGGAUGCUCAGUUUGGCUUUGACCUGAUGCCUCCAGCUGUGGGGCCACAGGCACAACAAGAUGACCUGAUAACAGACUUGCACAAAUCAAAUGGAGAUGUAAAUGCAACACCUGCUGAACAAGUAGAACAACCGCUUAUCAAUUUUUGA